AUGCGCCCCUCCCUGGUCCUCCGCGCUACACACCAGCGCACCCCCCUCAUAAAAUUCAUUGGAAAACGCACACCACCCAAAUCGGUGGACCAUACUCCUCACGCUCACCCCGCCUCGCCCACGCACAGCCUCCCAGAGAGCUUCGCUACCUAUCGCUCCAAAGCCCAGCAACACGGUCCCCUACGCGGUGGCGGCGGCAAUGGUGGUGUACCUUCCUCGUCGUUCUCUGCCGCAGCUUCGUCGGGCUCCUCGAUGUCGUACGGUGCCAUUGGCGGCACGCCCGGACGAGCACUAGGACCAAUCAAGCCCAAGCAGGGAGAAUUCUUUGACAGAGAUGAGCUGCCCGCCCGAUUCCGACGGAAGUCCUGGUCGGAAGAGGAGAUCGAGGCGAAACUGUGGAAAUUCGAUUCUGUGGACAACGACUUGUCUUCAUUCGCCCUUUUCGGUUUCUUGAGGCUGUGGAGCUUAUGGUGGCAGAGCCAUGAUCCCCUGCUUGGGCCAUCUUUUGAGGAAGGGCUGGAGACACGACCCGACACGACACACGGCGUCGAGGCCGCGCCUCACCGACGACAAGAUAUUGAUGAAAAGGCAGAACAACCCCAAGCGCAAAAGGACCAUCAUCCGACAGUACUCAAUGACCGUCUAGACGUUUACGUAUAG